UCAAACUCGUCAUGAGAGCAGCAGGGUCUCGCUGUUUUUCUGUUGAAGACGUUAUGAUUUGAUAAGAGGCUACUUCCUCUUUUUUAAAAUCACGGGAAGCAUGAUGUCAUUUAUACUGCUGGAAUUCUUUUAAAAUGCUUAAAUACUGGUGUGCCUUGAAGUAGUUUUCCAACUCUUUAUUUUCUGAAAACAGCUGAUUGUUAGUCAGCAAGCUCAUAGUGCAUCAACAUGCACGAAUGCGUCGCAAUAUUCUGAAAUUUUAGGGUUGGGCCAAACACUUUCACUCGCCGGCCUUGAGUGAACUCACAAAGGAAGCAUCCAUUUGCCUCAUCCGUUCAGUCUCGAGUAGCGUUUUCUCUUACAUGGACUUGUCGGCGUUUCUCUCUUCCCCUGUGCUGUGGGUGGUUACAAUCAUCUCAGCUCUUUACAUCAUUUACAAGCAUGUCACCGCUUCCUUUAACUAUUUCUCCAACCAAGGAAUCCCUGGACCUCAACCAAACCCCAUCUUUGGCAAUAUGUGGGGCAUCUGGAAAGCGAAUCUGCCUGACUACGACGUGGAUUUAGUGAGAAACUAUGGCAAAAUAUUCGGUUAUUUUGACGGAUCAAUACCAAACCUGUGGGUCACGGAUGUGGAUUUGAUUAAGGCCAUUUUCAUCAAAGAUUUCGACCACUUCGUCGAUCGUCGGAGUAUGGAAAUUAAGCUAAAAGUCAUGCGUAAGUGGAUGACAUUAAUGAAAGGUCAAGAAUGGAAGGACGUCCGUUCAUCAGUUACACCGGCCUUCACCACCGGCAAAAUCAAACGAAUGUCUAGUCUGAUAAAAGAUUGCGUUGCUGACCUGUGUGAUCGUCUAACCUCAGCCACACAAAUUGAAGAGAAGAUUGAUGCCAAACUAAAGUUCAGUGCUUUUACAAUGGAUGUUAUAGCAAGAUGUGCAUUUGGUUUCAAGAUCGACACUAUUGGUAGCGAGAAUGAUGUUUUCAUUCGAAAUGCACGUGUCAUUGUGAAUCCACCAACUACAAGAUCGCCGGUUGGCCUAUUGCCGUUUAUUUUCCCCAAUUUCCUAAGCACGUUUGGCGGCGUUUUUGAAAGAUUAUUUAGCAUUAAAGAAAUGAAAUUCUUUUUCAAUUUGCUUGAGGAUGUACUACGUGAUAGGUCACAAUCAAAAGAGAAUUACCACGAUUUUAUUGAAAUAGCCAACGAAUCUAUUUCUGAAUUCACCAAGGAAGUUGAUGGCAAAACAGUGCCUAUGUGGACACGUGAGGAAAUUGACGAGAUUAUAAUGGGACAGUCUACACUCUUUAUGCUGGCCGGUUUUGACACGACAGCAACCACUUUAACAAACACUUGCUUUCAACUGGCAAGGAAUCCGGACAUCCAGGAAAAAUUGUACGACACUGUCAUUACCAAAAUGGAAGAAUAUGGCGAGGUGUGUCAUGAUAUGGUCCAAGACUUGCCUUACCUUGAGAUGGUUAUUCAAGAAGUUUUGCGCUUUUAUCCACCACUUUUAAGAGUUGAACGUCAAUGCACGAAAGAUUAUUCUUAUGACAAUGGUCGCAUUCAAAUGAAAAAGGGACAGCUUGUUACAGUGCCGGCUUAUGCCCUUCAUCGCAUGGAAGAAUACUAUCCUGAUCCAGAAAAAUUUGACCCUGAAAGAUGGAACCCUGAAAAUAAAGCCAAACGCAGUCCUUACACCUUUAUGGCCUUUGGUAUGGGACCACGCAACUGUGUCGGUAUGCGAUUUGCCAUGGAAGAGAUGAAGAUUGCUAUUGCCACUGUGAUCCAAAAAUUUCGCUUCUUUCCUGUUGAAGAAACUCCGGAGAAGCUCCGUUUCGAUGAUGGAUUUAUCCAAAUUCUACAACCUUUACAUGCGACGUUGGGUAUCGAAUUCCGACAAACCUUCUCCGGCUGAAAGAAAGGCAAGAAAUGGAAUACGUGGAGUGUUAAGUGGGCACUCUUUUUCAUAGGACAAACAAGGAUUUUUCAAGAAAAUUUCCAACAAAGAAAACUUGCAAAUAACGAUUUGAUAUCUACUGCUAUGCAAGCUAUGCAAGCUAUGCAAAUCAAGCUUCUUACAGCAUCUUUCGUUUUGACUUAGUAUGAAAAAACGAUUUAAUUGUUGUUUUCCGCGAAAUAUAGGCAGUGAUGGAAUUAAAAUAUGACGAGACUGUCUUUACACCCUCAACAGAUAAAGAGAUAAUCGAAACAUAUCUUGGUGGCCAUGAAAAAGCAGAAAAAAAUAUUACACAUUGAAAACUAAUUAUUGAUUGAAUAUUUGUCGCGUUUGUAAAUUAAAUAAAAUAAAAUUAUCUGGCUAUU